AUGCAUUUCCUCACACAAACCCUCAUCGCUGCAGCAUUCCUCGCAGGCGUUGUUUUCUCGGUUCCUCAGGGUAUUCCCCCCAAUGGAAGUGGUGGUGGAGAUCAAUCUACCUGCCACUGGAACUGCUGCGAAUACGACCCCUCCACCUCCGGCACUCUCUGCAGAAACAACACCGCGCCGUAUCCAUACGGCGUCGAUUGUUAUCCAGCGUUGGACGCAGCGAAUAUGACGUGUUGUCAUCAGACGGAUUGUCAGGAUCAGACUUACUUUACGACGCCGAUUGUGGUUAUUUAG